CCGUGAGCUCUCUCUGGCUCUUUAAUGUAAGCUGGGAUGGGACACCCUAAGGCAGAAAGGAAGGAGAAGGCUAUAUAAACAAGAAACGAAAGGGGGGUAGCGCCCUUUUACAUCCCCUGCCUCAGCCUGGCAGUGUUCUGACCAAGGAGGAUCCAGCUCCAGUAAAACCAGCCUCCCGGAAGAAUGGGCCCCGUGCAGACCAUGGCCUUCUCCCUUUGUGAUCUGCUGCUACCCGUGGCACUGCACUUGAACGUCUUACACUGAUGUAGAAGAAGGCUCUGCUCUACCUCAGCCUUAUGGUCCAGCUCGCGGGGUCCAGCGGAGCCACAGAUGUCUUCAGCACUUUGGAACUCUGUCCCUUGCUUACAUCCACUGUUUGAAGCUAGAGCCGUCCAUUUUCUCUAGCUGGAUGGAGUGGCCACAUCAGGAUACUUCCUUGUCCAGAAAAGAUGCCUGCACCCAGACUUACCCACCUAGGAGGAGAAUCAGGCAUGCCCAAUUGCAGGAUGCAGGUCAGCUGAAGCUGUCCAUUGGUGCCCAGGAUCGGGUUCUGCUGCUACACGUUAUAGAAGGCAAAGGCCUGAUAAGCAAGAAGCCUGGCAUCUGUGAUCCCUAUGUGAAGAUUUCUUUGAUCCCUGAAGACAGCCAGCUCUGCUGCCAGACAACGCAGGUCAUUCGGGACUGCAGAGACCCAGCUUUCCACGAGCACUUCUUCUUUCCUGUCCCAGAGGAGGGUGAUCAGAAGCGUCUUCUAGUGACAGUGUGGAACCAGGCCAGUGAGACCAGGCAGCAUGCGCUCAUUGGCUGCAUGAGCUUUGGGGUGAGGUCUCUCUUGACUCCGGACAAGGAGAUCAGUGGCUGGUACUAUCUGCUAGGGGAGGACCUGGGUCGGACCAAGCACCUCAAGGUGGCUAGGCGGCGGCUCCAGCCACUGAGAGAUGUGCUGUUGAGAAUGCCAGGAGAUGGGGACCCUGAGAAUGGGGAGAAGCUCCAGAUCACCAUCCGGAGGGGAAAAGACGGCUUUGGCUUCACCAUCUGCUGUGACUCUCCGGUCCGAGUCCAGGCUGUGGAUUCUGGGGGCCCAGCAGAGAGGGCGGGGCUGCAGCAGCUGGACACAGUACUACAGCUGAAUGAGAGGCCCGUGGAACACUGGAAAUGUGUGGAGCUGGCACACGAGAUCCGGAGCUGUCCCAGCGAGAUCAUCCUGCUCGUGUGGCGUGUGGUCCCCCAGAUCAAGCCAGGGCCAGAUGGCGGAGUCUUGAGGCGGGCCUCCUGCAAGUCCACACAUGAUCUCCUGUCACCCCCUAACAAGAGGGAGAAGAACUGUACUCACGGGGCUCCAACACGUCCCGAGCAGCGCCACAGCUGCCACCUGGUGUGCGACAGCUCUGAUGGGCUACUGCUCGGAGGCUGGGAGCGCUACACUGAGGUGGGCAAGCGCAGCGGCCAGCAUACCCUGCCUGCACUGUCCCGGGCCACCACCCCUACUGACCCCAACUACAUCAUCCUGGCCCCACUGAAUCCUGGAAGCCAGUUGCUGCGGCCUGUGUACCAGGAGGAUGCCAUCCCUGAAGAACCAGGGACUACUACUAAAGGGAAAUCGUACACUGGCCUGGGCAAGAAGUCUCGGUUGAUGAAGACAGUGCAGACCAUGAAGGGCCACAGCAACUACCAAGAUUGCUCAGCCCUGAGACCACACAUCCCACAUUCAAGUUACGGCACCUAUGUCACCCUGGCCCCCAAAGUCCUGGUAUUCCCUGUCUUUGUGCAGCCCCUAGAUCUCUGUAACCCUGCCCGGACUCUCCUGCUGUCAGAGGAGCUGCUGCUCUAUGAGGGGAGGAACAAGACUUCCCAGGUGACACUGUUUGCCUACUCGGACCUGCUGCUGUUCACUAAGGAGGAGGAACCAGGCCGCUGCGACGUCCUGAGAAACCCCCUCUACCUCCAGAGUGUGAAGCUACAGGAGGGUUCUUCAGAAGACUUGAAAUUCUGUGUGCUGUACCUGGCAGAGAAGGCAGAGUGCUUAUUCACUUUGGAGGCUCACUCGCAGGAGCAGAAGAAGAGAGUGUGCUGGUGCCUGUCGGAGAACAUCGCCAAGCAGCAACAGCUGGCUGCAACACCUACGGAGAGGAAGAAACUUCACCCUUACGGCUCUCUCCAGCAGGAGAUGGGGCCAGUCACCUCCAUCAAUGCCACCCAGGAUAGAAGCUUUACCUCAUCAGGACAGACUCUGAUUGGCUGAGCAAGCCCAAGGGCGGGACUAUGCUUCUGGCAACUUUGGGGCUUCCCCUAUCACACAGUAACCUCAUCUCAACUGGACCCAAAACAGAAGACCAAGAUGGUGGGCCUAGGGUCAUCUGGAGGGAGUGGUCCCAUGGGUGUGUGUGCACCUGGCAACAGGAGGAACAGUGGUAUGAGAGACCCUGUGGGUUUGUGCAGACUGGUACCAGGAAGUCCUGGAUGGAGAAGACGCCAAAGCAAGCUCCCUUCAGGAGGCUAAAUGGCACCUGGGCACCUUCCUGGGCACAGCAGGAAAGAGGGAGAGGGCACUCAAAUGGAAGACAAUGCCUGUGACUCAUUCCUGCCGGAAGAUAUCUCCCCUUCCCACUCCUAUUUCAAAUGGAUUCAUUUACAUCCUCAGUCAGCGGGUGCUGGGGGACAUCUCCUUUGUGCUAGUGUGUAUGCUAGAGGAUGCUGUGCUCCCACCAGGAUCCCAGCCUUCCCUGUCCCGGUAGGGAGACAGCACUAAAUAAAUCCACACUGAAACAUGACCACACACUGCAGGAGUCUGUACAGAAACACCACAGGGCAUUAUGUCUAGUUGCUAUGUGUGGGGUGUGAAGGGGAAUAGCUCGAGGUGAGGUCUAUGAGCUGGAAAGGAGCUAGCCAGUCAAGGACUUUGGAGAGAGCAUUCCAGGCAGUGGAAAACGCACAGGAAGAGACAAGAAGGAGGGGGCAUGGUGUGCUGAGGAACAGAGGGAGGCUGGUGUAGCAGCAGCUUUGUGAGGAGGAGAAUGGAGCCAGGUCAUGCUAUUCAGGACAUAGACCGUGAUUGCUUUGUGGAUUCCUACCUACAGUAGGGGGCCGUGGAAGAAAGGCUUGAGGAAGGGUGUCACAGAGUCCUCCAGUGCAUGUCUACAAGAUCAGACUGCAGUUAGGAGGGGCCCGAGUGGCUGUGAGACUGGUUAGGACUCCCCUUCAGGCCUCUCGGGUGAGGGAUGAUGGUAACUUGUUCUAGAGGGUGCUGGGAUGAUAGGUCUUGGAAAGGUAAUCUCUGGGAUAAAGAGUGACUGCUCACCCUUGCCUGCCCUCGUGCUCCACUGGGUCUUGCUCUCUCUCUGGGUGUGAGGUUUGAGGUCUCCCUCCUAGAGACUCCUCUGCCCAGGCCAGAGCUUGAGCCAGUGUUGAGCCUUGGGGAUGUCCACGAGCACUGGAACAGUAAAGCUUAAUUUUCUCAAGAUGGGAAAGGAAGGUUCACAUUUCCCCUGCUCCCAGGCUCCAUAGAGAUCGCCUGUAUUUGCUCUACCUUUCGUGCCAAGGGAAGGAAGCCGGGGCCUUGCACUCUGAGAACUCCCACUUUUUUGCUUUCUGUAGGGCUUCUAAGGGCCAGGGACCAGUGGCCAGGGCCAGAUGCAGCUCAGCAAUCUUCACUGAGACAAGGUGAAAGGUGCCCACGCCCAGUGAUGAGAGCUGGGUCCACUCCCAUCCACCCAGAUGGGGCUCUGGACAAGGUAGCUCACCCUUUUCUAACUGUAGAGAUCCAGCAGGACAGAAUCUCAAGGCUGUGGAUCAGAGGGACAAGGGCCAUAUGCUAGAGAGGUAACGAGGGCUCAGAGACAGAAAGCUACAGUGAUAGCUAAGGCCGAAGAAGGCCCCAGCCUUCGUCAUAAGGACCUUAAGGAAGAUGCUGUGCUCUUUGGGGUUUGCUAACUGCUAGAGCCACCUGAACCCCUAAAGAGUGGCCCAGGAGAGAGUUUGUCCCUUAUUUUCCGUUCCUCUUCCUUCCGACAUUGGACAUGUGUGCCAAGCUGAGUUAUCGGUCUCAUGGGGAGUGGCGUGAAUCCGCAGGGAUCAGGCUAAUGCCCAGCCCAGCGAGCAGAGAUUGACGCAGUUCAAGGGAUGUGUAGCACCACACCGCCGGCCAAUGAUCAGCCCGCAGGGUGAUUCCGAGCAGCCGGGUCUGUGCAGACAGCAAACUACGCUUUGAUUUCAUUUGGUUCUCUCACCUAACGACUGUAAGUUCAUGAAGCACAGGAGAACCACCUGUGUGGGGAAUCAGCCGUCUUGUCUCACCCGGGUCCGGCGACCAACCUCUGUCUGACAGAUGGGUACAGAAGACGUAAGAGCUCUUGACUCAGAAAAAUGGAGGCUCCGAACGUAACACCCAUCCCUGAGGAUGGGCCGUUCUCCUCCUGAUAAGCUCCUCCUGAGUAGAAUAGAUUCUCCAUCAAGCUCCCAGGCCUGCUGGCUGAUGGGGAAGAAAACAUUUGCUCCUGGCAGGUCCUGGGCUAGCUUGCUCCGUGACUGUGGUGUGUCACAGCACUAUGGCCAUCUUGCUUCAUCAAUCAAUGGGACAAUUCAUUUGGUGUCAUGGGCCCAAGAAGAUGAAAUAUGACCUGGUGGCCUCCACUCUUCAGUCUAUCCCAGCCAUUCAAGAGGAAGAACAGUUCUCAACGUUGCCUCAGAGAGUCAUAAUCACGGGAAACAUGGCCGGGCUCCUCCCUGACACGUAAAUCACGCUAAGAGGCACACAAUGACUUCUUUCCUGAUGGGCUGAUGGUCUUGGGUGGUGUCUCUGGCCCAGGAGCUGGGAGGAUGGGAGCACAACCACUUUAUUGUUGAGAGGCCAUCUGUGAGAUCUGAAUACAAAGUGCCCCUUCUAGUCUCCUACGUGUUCUUGGAUCCCAUUUCUGGGUCUCUGGGCUCUGAGUCCUUUGAACCCCAUUUCUCAUAUAAGCCGUCAUGCCUGAGUCUUUCGGCCCUUUGGGAGCUGGAAUUACAGACCUUCUGAGAAUGGUGAUACUUAUUUGUACACGUAUUUUUAUUAUUAUUAAUUUUAAUUUCCCCUCUGACUUCGGUCAUCGGAACCCUUACUAAUCACAUGGCAACACUAAGGCACCAAGAAGGUUCUCCAGAGUGCAGGCACGAGCAGUUUUGCCACGUGGACGCAUGUGUUCAGCGAGAACCCCCACAGUGGGCCUGCACCUUGUGAGAGGGCCGGUGGUGGGGUCCCAAGCUCUGUCUCCCCUAAACAGACUCAUUUAACUAACAAAACAAUGAAAGCCUCUGAGGAAUUAGGUGACUUAACCUGUGCAGCACAGCUGGUGAGAGGCCCAGUCUAUUGUCCUGUGUGGAUGCAAAGGUGUUUUGAGGGACAGAACUAAGAAAGGCCAUCCAUGAGCUUCCAGGAGAGGCUGGAGGCAGUUAUGGGUGUCUCAGACAUCUUGGUCCAUUCCACUGAGGAAGAGUGUGCUUUGGGGACUGACUUAAGUGAGACACAUUAUUUGCCACUUGGUGGAGCAUUCGUUUCCCUAAGUGGUGGCCCAGGUUCAAACAAACAAACAAACAAACAAACAAACAAACAUUUCCACAGGAUUUGACAAAGGUCUGAUGUGAAAGGCAGAGCUGCGCUCCUGAGACAAGCUCUCUGGUGCCCUGGAGAUUACAUACUUCCUUUCAGCAGGACAUUGGCCAUUGUGGGGGACCCUGGCAGUAAAGGAACGGUGCCAGAGGCAGGGAAAAGUAGCUUAGGCUCUGCUCAGGCCUGCACAGCUGAGCAUGGGUGCAGAAGAUGAGACUUUAACCCAAACCCCAAGGAGAGGGCUCGCCUCUGCCAGGAUCUGAGCCCGGGUUUUGCUAAUCUGCUGAUUGUAGACCUUGGAUCUCUAAGUAACUGGGAACUGAAGGGAUCAGAUUUCAGCCCCCCCUCCCCCACUCCCGCUCGGCGGAGCAUUCUUUUCUCCAGCCCCACAGCCUUUCAGACUGCCUACAGAUCUCCCGCCCUCCCUCCCUCCCUCCCUCCCUCAACUGCGGCCUUGCUGAAGGCUGAAGCCCUGACCUUCUGAGGCAGCCAUCUUUCUUUUCUUUUAACUCUUUAGGAACAGAGAACAACCUGGCUUUUGCUCUGUCUUACCUUUUGUUGCUCCAAGCUAGUCUCUGAAGAGGCUGCCAUCACCUCCCUGAAGAGGCUGCCAUCACCUCCCCUCCCCCUCCCCGCUCCCCCCAGCCUUUGAAUGCUAGAUGGCCAGACACUCCUAUGUGAGCCAGGCAUGGCACCUUCGCUUUCCCUUUUCAUCCUCAGUAGAGUCUGAUGUGGUGUGCUAUCCCCUUAAGAACGGACUCCCUCUCUACCUAGUUUGUAGAAGAAGGUGCUGGGGUCUUUGAAAAGUUAAACUUGACUGAGAUCACACAGCUAAUGUCUGCGCACAGGGUACAAUCCUUUGGGUCAACUGUUUCCUUGCAUCCACAGACCAUUCAUUCCAGCAGAGAAGGACGGACAGGGCUGGGUCGGCACAGUCUUGUUGAAAGGCUAUCCCAUGGUUACAGCUUGACUCCAGGCUCUCCUGGCUCCAUGGGUGGGGGUGUUCCUCCCAAAAGUUCUUGUGACUUUCCGAGGGCAGGCUGUUCCUGGACACCAUUGUCCACUUUCAAUGUCCCCCAGACGGCUGCAGUCCCUAGGGAGGUCAUGGCUUAGCACCUCUUGGACACACCCCCAUUGUGCUUGCCAGAGCAUGUGCUCAUGCGAGUUUUACCUCACCCGCAAGCCUGCAAGCUCCUUAGGAGGCCAUAUCUUAUUUCCCAUUCUGUUCUGUUGUUGACUGGCUCUUAGGAGAUACUCUGUAGCAGUCAGAGGACUGAAUUCAGCUGAUGGGUGGGACCCUCCUUCUAGUCUAUAAUGGAGAUGAAGAAAUAGGUUCAAAAAGGGGAAGGAGCAAACUGGUGUUAGCGCCCUGGGACCAGAGCUGAGGUUUUGGUUCAGAGGUUUUGCUCUUGCUCCAUAGCUUGGCAGAUACCAGCAGGCCAACACCUCAACUUAAUCUCUGAUGCAAUCUGGCCAGCGUUAAACCCUAUGCAGGCAUCCUCAUGCAGGCAUCCUCGGAGGGAAGAAAACCUGAUCAUAACUUCUUGGUUCUCUUAAGUCCCAGAGCCCCCUCUCAACAAACCCCCUGCCUCAGAGAAAACCAGAGUAUUCAGAAGCUUUGGUCUUGAAUAGUGACUUAUCUAGUGCUUACUUGAACAAAUCACUUCACUUUUCUGAUCAUCCAUUUCCUUAUUUAAAAAAAAGAAGAAGACGCUGAAUACAGGUAGUCUCCAGUUUCCGGGGUCCACCAAGUGCAGAUUUCUGGGAAAUGACCAUAAUGAUCGGCAUUGUUGGUAUACAGUAGUUACACUCUCCAACAAGCAGGAACCAACUCGGGUUCCUUACCAUAGCCAUUCUUCCUGGAAUACCCAUGCCCACACUCUUGACACUGGAAUUACCAAAAGAAGGCUGGGCAGGAGUCAGCACCUGGGAACUCUGGGGACAGGUUUAAGGAAAGAAGGCAGAUGUUUUAGAUUUCACAGAUGAGUCCUAUUGGCUCCUAGCAGAAGGGAUCCUAAUUACAGACACCUAUGUGAGAAACCCUUUCCUACUUCCUCCCCAUCCCAAGGUUCCUCCUCCAGGCUGCCCUGGGAAGAGGCUCAGUUGUUUUCCGACUUGUUUCCUCUCCAGCCCUCUGCCUUUCACUGUGCUCAGCGUGCCCUGGACUGUUGCUUGACUUCAUGCAUGUUUGCGCACCCGUGUAUCUUCAGCCAGCCCUCUUGCCCACAGAGCCUCAGGCUCACUUUCUGUGAUUGCUGUUGGCAGUGGACCUGACCCCUUUCAGUUUCCAGUGUGUUCUGCAGACCCUUACAGGGGCUGCCAGUGGCUCACCUUCGCUGUUGACAUCUGUCACUCACUGCUCAGACAAGGCAACUAAAGAUACUUCCUAUUGAGGUUCUUUUAUACAUUAGUGCUUCCCUUCUUGGGGUUGGUGCCAUUAUUGCAAGAAAACAGUAUUCUCGUGGUCUUCCUGGCUGGGGCAUUAAGGGUGUAAGUGGGAUUUUGGUCAAACUGUAGAAUACCUGAAUGUGGAACCGAAAGCCCUCUUUGUCCUCCAGGGAGAGCACAGCUUAGCAAGCUGAGUCAUAGAGAACAAGACCAGGAUAGAUGCUAGAACUUGGCCAGCGCUAUGUAGUUGGUGGCUUGAAGGUCUACAGAGGGGGUUGGAUGGUCUUAGAACACAGAGCUCUUUUCUCUCAGCAAUUGCACAAUCAUUAGGAAGGCCCCGAACUUGGGCCAUAUUGGAGACAGAGCAGCUAGCCCUGUUGGUAAUGGGCUGAUGGUGGAGGGGGAUUGUCUAGUCAGCAGCCUACACAUUCCAGGCACGUUCUGGCUGGAGGGGAAUGAAUGGGCUGCUGUGUUUUACCUGGAGCUGGGCCGCGUGUUGAGCGUGGUGGGGGUGUGGGGGUGUGGGGGUGCUGGUAGAGACACUCUGCUUCCUGUGGACUGUUCUAAAAAUAGCAGUGGGAACAUUGCUGAGGGGAAGAGGAGGGGGCUCCUUGGGAGCUGGGUGGGGGCGUCUCGCCCCUUCCUCUUCCUGUCAGGCCUCCUGUGAGGAAGUCCCACAGAUUCAUAGAAUUGAGAUCUGGGCAAGUCCGGGAGCCCUCUGUCCUCACCUCUCUCCUUGCCCAGGCUCUAGCUAAGAAGGGAGUGUCCUGCAGUCACUAAGUCUGGGGAUUCUUUUCCUUCCUGCUCUUACAGAAGGCCCCUUCAUGUCUCAUGAGCCUUCCUUUUCUUCCUUGGGUGCAUGGGGCCUGGGAACUCCUAGGACCGGAUGUGGUCUGCCUUAGUGAGAACUGCACGUCAGGUGAGGAGCCUCUAGCUAGUGUGUCCCGCUUCCUGACAUCAGCCCUCCGGUCUUUAACACCAAACCUUCCCUUUUCUGGUGUUCCUUCCCUGCUGACUUGUCCUCUGUUCACUUCCUGUGCCAUCUACAGAGAGCCAGCCUGAAGAAGGGAAGGUCUUAUGGCUCUGGCACUUUCUCUGCCCUUCCCAGGGACAGGCAGGGCUGCUGAGGGUCCUGUAGGGCUGUAAAAUGUGGCAGGAUGCUAUGCAACCAGCAUCCAGUCUGCUCUGUGAUGGCAGAAGCACAUGUGUGCAGGCCUUCUCUCACAAGGCUUACCGAGAAGUAGGCUCCCAGCCAGGCAGUGGUUGCCCUCACUUUAAUCCCAGCACUCAGGAGGCAGAGGCAGGUAGAUCUUGUCCGAGGCCAGCCUGGUCUACAAAGUGAGUUCUAAGACAGCCAAUGCAAUAGAAACCCUAUCUCGGAAAAAACAAAAACAAAAGCAAAAACCAAACAAACAAAUAAACAAAAAAACCCCCUAAAACCAAAACCAAAAACCAAUCAAAACAAAAGCAAAACAAAGCCUGCUGAGAAUUAGGUUCCCAGUGAGGAAAGCAACUGUGGAGAAAAUGAGUGGUGACCCAUGACAGACUCUCCAUGUCUACCACAGGGGCAUAGCAAAGCUGUUAUUAUAAUCUUAGUGCAGUUGAUUUUGCUGCUGUUCUGAAGAAUUAUAAUUCCUGUAAUUGGCGCUGUGGAGAAAACAUUAAAUACAGACGAACCAGGAAAAGGCAGGGUUCACCAUUUGCAGUGCCCACUGUUAAGUGUUAUUAACAUUUUGGGGUGUAUACAGUCAGAAAUGGGUUUCCCACACAUAUGCCUUGUUUGCAAGUUAGGGUUACUUCCUUGUGUAGGUUUUUGGGGUUUUUCCCUUACUCUUCUCUCAUAUAUUUCAUUCACUGCUCUAGUUUCUUUUCCCUGCCCUCCCCCAGUCCUCCCACCUCCCUUCCCCCACUGGAAGCAUCCCCUUCACCUCCCCCUCAGAAAAGAGCAGCCCUCCCAGGGACGUCAACCAAAUAUGGCAUAACAAGCUACAGCAAGACCAGGCACACAUUCUCACACCAAGGCUGGACAAGGCCACCCAGUAGGAGGAAUAGGGUCCCAAAGGCAGGCAGAGUCAAAGACAGCCCCUGCUCCUACUGUUAGGCUGGGUGAAGUUUUUAAAUCCGCCUUUUCCCAUUUAACAGUGGAGUGUAUCCAUGCUUCCCACUAACAAAUGAUAUUCUACACCACCACAUUUAGGGUAUUUCACUUUAUAGGGGAAACCUGCAUAUCUGGGUCCUCCCUGAAAGUGAGGUGCUCAAUUCAUCUUAAGUCUGUAGAAAACCCUGAGAUUUCCUUAGAAAUGCAUUGUGGAAGCCCCCAGCAUCCAGUUCACGCUUAGUAUACUGUCUGACUCUCAAUAAAUAUUUAUUGACAAA